AUCUGCACUGAACAAACUGCUCCAGCCAGAUUCGCAUCCGCCCGAGCUUGCCUCUUCUCUCAAACGGACUGCCCAAGUCACUCUAGCCAGUAAUGAACCCAGCCUGGGAUCCUGCCUCCGCUAUGGCGCCUCCGGAUCUCUCAAGCUCUCUCCUCCUUCUCCCGACCGAGGUGAUGUUCCGGAUCCUCGGAUACCUCCAUCCGAGGGAACUCUGCCGGGCCGGUCGCUCUUCGCGACGACUCUACGACCUGGCAUUCGACCAUCGCAUCUGGAGGGUAGCCACCGGAUUUCAGAGGAGCGGCUAUGACUUUUCAGCACCAUCCUUCGCGAUGCACACUUCUGCCUUGGGUCAUCCAAAAGUCCAACCGUCCGCUCGGAGGCACAGUGCUCGAAGGGAUAUCACACUCACUCAUGGAGAUGCAUCCGAUCUCUCCGGACCCAAGCCUAUAAGCAACAUCUCCUCGCAUCGGAGCUCGCUACCGGAUUGCCGGUCUUGGACACCACCAAACUACCUUCGCAUCUACCGCAACUGGACGAUGGCCCAGCCGCGAAUCACCGCCUCGUUUCUCACCCUCUCGGAGAGCGGAAUCACCAGUCUUGCGCUCUCCCAGACGACGCUCGCUGUUGCAUCCGAGUCGCCUUUCAUCGAGAUCUGGGACUUGGGCAGAGCCGGGGCCGACCCAGGCUCGCGCCAGCCCAUUCCAACCCAUCUCAUACACAAUGCUCACCUAGGCGGCGUCAAUUCCAUCGUUCACUUGAACUCGCAGAAGGGGCCAUCAGACCUGCGCACCAAGAGCAGCGCCAGUCCGUACAGCGUUGUGUCUGCGGGCCGAGACAAGUGCAUCAGACUGUGGGAUAUGCGUGCGUCGCUGCGGCAGCCAGUGUUCGAGAUCUCGGAGGCGCACCAGGACGAAAUCUUUGCUUUGCAGUCCACCGACAACUACCUCGUCAGCGCCGGGGCAGACGAGAUUGUUCAAGUCUUUGAUCUGAGGCGGCUCCACACUGGCAUCAACGCCUCUUUCCCGCUGCACUCGCUCGAAGGCCAUACCAACAGCAUAUACGAUCUGCAUUUCAUCAACCACACCCUCGUCACGGUCGGCGGCGAUGGCACUGCAAUGCUCUGGGAUCUUGUUCGCGGAGCGGCCGAGUGCUGGAUCUGGGCCAGCAGCCACGAGCUCUACAGCGUCCAGCUCUCCGAGUCCAUCCGCCACAAACCAUCGGUCGUGCGGUUUCUCACUGGCUCGGAAAACGGAACUGUCCGGCACUGGACUGUCAAUCGCCAGUCCCAGGCCAGCAGCCGCGGGUUGCAGUCAAAUCCCUCAUCAGCAUUGGACUCGGUUGGGCCGUCGCUUGAUGGGUCGCUCGAGUCGGUGCCCGUCGUUCCGACUCUGUCCUUGCCCUGGAGUAUCCCAGACCUUCUCACGGGCGACGAGUUCGAGCAGGAGUGGGAUCUCGAAACGAUAAGCGCCAUGGUCUGGGACGAAGAUGCCCGCCGAGUGAUUGCCGGUGGAUGGGAUGCCACUCUGCGGUUGCUCGACUUGGGAAAUAUGACCUCCAGCACCGCUUCAAGCCGACCGCAGACCCGCAACGAGUGGUCGAGCGAGUGUUCGGGCGACACCGUUUGGAUUCGCUCGCCAUCAAAUGCUCUGAGCGAAGCCGACCUUGCGGCGGAUGAAGGCGGGCAACAAGACUCGGAGGAGGCCAAGGCUGCGACCACGCCGCUGAUUCCUUCAGCCCGCAGCUGCGUGCCGAUCGAGAAGCGCCUCUUUCUCGAUGGCUGUCGCAGCCGGGGCAUCAAGAUCCACCACGGGCCGAUUUCGUGUCUGCAGACGGAUGCCAGCCGAGUGGUCACAGGCUCGUUGGACUGCACCGUAAAGGUGUGGUCGUUCGACCACAGCGACUGAGCGCCAGAAUGUGGCAGUCCUCUGGAUCAGGCGGUCGG